AUGGCCCAUAUGAGAGCCACUCCAAGGUCUGGGCUAGGGCCCCAGCUUUUCAGCUCGGCUCCGGAGGCAGCAUUCAAAAUUGCACAUCAGCGGGUGUCCAUUGAUGUAGACCUUUCGACGCACUCACUUAAUGCAUUUACAGAAAUAAUACUAAUACCAUUGAGUGACAAGCUGGAGUAUGUGACUUUGGACUGUAAGGAAAUGACCGUCACGGGUGUCAUCGUUGAAAACCGGAGAUGCGACAACUAUAUCCAUGAUGACCCUUAUAGAUGGUAUGCCGACCAAUACAGCAGCGGCAAGCUGUCAGAACUACCGUUGUUUGAUACCAACUCGGUCGAACAAGCUCAUUUUCUCAGAAAUAAAUUUGCGGAGCUCAACCAACCUUCGCAGACCUCAGACAGCACCCGUUCCCAACUGACAAUUCGAAUUCCCGCCUCUGUCAAGAUAACUCAACAGGAGGCAAAUACAGUAUCCACAUUCACUCCUAUAACGCCUUCAGUAAGAACACCCGCACAGGAUACCAUUUAUUCCCCUAUAACCAUCAGGAUUAAUUAUCAAUUACAAAAUCCAACCAGUGGUCUACAAUUUGACACCUCACGAGAACAACAUUUAUGGACAGCUUGCACAACCAAUACAGAAUGGAACUCUAGUGCUUCUCAUUGGCUACCAUGUGUAGACACCCUCGAGGAGAAAUGCACUUGGGAGCUGGAGUUCAGUGUGCCCAAAAAAGUAGGAGACAUUGGUACUAGUAAUGUCAUUGGUGCUUCUCAACCAAGAAGGCGAAAGCUUCGAGAAGAAUCUAACGGUGCAGACAAGAUGGACCUUGAGGAUGAGCAGGAAGUUCACGCUCAACGAACUCGCCACAAUGAAGAAGAGGAGGAAGAUAUUGACGAAGAUGAGGAGGAAGAUAACCCUUUAAAGCGAGAAAUGGUCGUUUGCUGCUCUGAAUUUUCGACCGGCAAAGAAACGCCACAUCCGACUGAUCUUUCCAGAAAGCUGGUGUCGUUUCAGAUAUUCAAUCCAGUGGCACCUCAUCACAUCGGAUGGGCGGUGGGGGCUUUUCAAACUUGGAUGAUCCCACAACUCAAAGCGCAAGAGGAGGCAGAAGAUGAAAACGACGAUCCGGUUAUAGUACAAGAAAAUCAAGAAGAUGAAGAACGAGACGUCAUCCCCAUCCAAAUUUAUACUCUGCAUAGUCCCGAUAUUGACGAGAGAACGAUCCUCAACUCGACCUUGGUUACUCAAAAAAUCCUGGAUUUUUACUCCAAAGAAUUUGGAUCAUAUUCAUUUACAUCUUACUCUCUCCUUUUUCUUCCAUCCAUAGCAGAUGAUACCAUGGAUUUUGCCGGCUCUACCUUUUGCAACACAAGGUUACUCUAUCCUCCAGAAGUCAUCGAUCUCGCUUUUUCAACAACGGAUAAAUUAAGCUGGGCAUUGGCUGCUCAAUGGUCUGGGGUUAACGUUACUCCUCAAGUCGCGAACGAUCUCUGGUGUUGCAUCGGCAUGGCCGGUUUUAUGGCAUUGCAAUUUUCCAGACAUCUGAUGGGCCUCAACGAAUUCAAAUACAGAGUCAAGACUUUGUCGGAGCAAGUAGUUGAUGAAGAUUGGGAGAAACCGCCAAUGGCCGAUGCUUUCACACACGCUUCGAUGCCCAUCACUACACUUUCUAAAGAAUUGGACUUUAUUAAGUUAAAGGCCCCGAUUGUUUUGUACAUAUUAGAUCGUCGGAUGACCAAAACUGAACGAUCUUUCGGUAUGUCGAGGGUCCUGCCGAAGAUAUUUCUUCAAGCUAUGUCAGGAGACCUACCAAACAGUAGUCUCUCAACUGCGCAUUUUCAGCAUGUAUGCGAAAGAGUUAACAAGAGUAAACUCGAAAGUUUUUUCAAGGAGUGGAUUUACGGUUCCGGGGUGCCCAUUUUCAGAAUCACCCAACGGUUCAACAAAAAAAGAAUGGUCGUAGAGAUGGGUAUCCGACAAUGCCAAGCCCAAGAGUUGGGCCAGGGGAAGACAAUAGGCAGGGCAGGGUAUCAAACGAGUGCCCUUAACUAUAUGUGCUACCCAAACAAAGCCUUGACUCCCAUUUUUACAGGUUCUAUGACAAUUAGAAUACACGAGGCGGAUGGCACCCCGUAUGAGCAUAUAGUUGAGCUAAAGGAUACCUUCACAAAACUUGAUAUUCAGUACAACACAAAAUACAAAAGGCUCAAGAGGAGAAGGAAAGUAAACAAAACUGUAAAACAAGAGGGCAAAGACCAAACCCCAGUUGAUUCUAUAGAACCAACAUUACCGGAUGAUGAGAAUGAAGAUGUGGUGUUAGUAAAUUGCCUAGGUGAUGUGCUAACUAGCGCUAAAGAUUGCAACCAAUGGAACCUUACUGAUGCAUUAAUGACCAGCGAAGGCGAUGAAUUCCAACAACAGAAUGAAGCGUUUGAAUGGAUCAGAAUUGAUGCAGACUUCGAGUGGGUCUGCAAGAUCUAUAUCAAUCAACCUGACUACAUGUUUGCAUCUCAAUUACAACAAGACCGUGAUGUUGAAGCACAAAUCGAUAGUAUAAGGUUUUUUGAAGACGUUGUUACAAAUUCAAAUGUUAAAUCUCAGGUUUACUCUUCUGUCUUGACACGGACCGUCAUGGACGACAGAUACUUUUAUGGCGUAAGGAUUGAAGCUUGCAGAGCAUUGGCCAGAUUUGUAAUCCCGCAAAAUAAUUCUGAAGCAUUUGCAGGAGGAGCCAAGCAUCUGAUAAAAAUUUUCCAGCAUUAUUUCUGUCAUGAGAAUUCGAAUAUUCCAUUCAACAACGAGUUUUCUGACUUCCAGCGAUAUUUCCUUCAAAAGGCUAUCCCGAAGCUUCUCUCUAGCGUCAGGAAUGAGAACAACGUUUGCCCAACAUUUGUGAAGCGAUUUCUGUUGAACAUUCUUAGAUACAAUGAAAAUGCUGACAACAGCUACAAUGACACCCACUACGUUGUUAACCUAGUAGAAAGUGCAGUGGCUAGCACUGUCGGAGAGCCUAAUGACGUGGAUUUUUGUAGAGAUCUGGUUCAUGAAUUGCGAAGAUUCAAUAAUCUCGAUCAGUGGAUCCCAUCUUAUCAGUUGUUGGUAACGAGGUGCCUCAUGGAACAGCAUUUGAAUCUAGCAAUUGAUGGCUUUUAUGUUUACGAUGACAUUACUAGAAUCCUGGAGUACGCCAUAAAAGAACAGCCAAGCAGGCACCCCGAAAAUGCGUUACAUUUAGGGGAAGGACUACAAGACCUCGUUUUGACAUCUUUCAAAGUCCUACUUGUUUCUGGGGGCAUCAAGAAUCGUGAACUACUGAAGCUUUUUUUUGAAUUCAUGCUUAUACAUCCGGACCCCUACGUGAGGCUAAAAUUAGUCGGGAUUCUGGUCGAGGCUAUCAACUUCAUUGCAGAAAAGCGAUACCUGGAAGACCUAGAUGAUGAUCUUGAAAAUAUUCACACUAUGAUAAAUCCAGCAAGCGGAUCGGAUAAUUACGAUCUAGGAGAUUCUAAUUUUAUCAUAGAAAAUUUCAGUGCAGAGACUGCGAACAAGAGAGAAACUCAAUUGAGGGCAAGUAUUGGUGGACUCAUGACUAUUUUGCGCCGGAAAUUUGUAAGUUAUGGACCUCUGAAGCAGGUCAUAUGGGAUAGCUUGCACUCUCCUCUCACAAGCGUGUACCAGAAGAAAUCGCUCUUCGAUCUGGUACGAAUUGUGUACAACAUGGAAGACAAAUUUUACGUGAAACUCCCAAUUCCCAGGGAUCGGAAGCUUGUGGCCAAAUACGAUGGAAAUGGUAUCUUGAGGCUACGCAGAGAAGGCAUCUUAAAAGUUCAUUUGGCUCCGAAAAUCAAAGUGAAUACCAAGCGCAAGGCGGCAGCCACUACCAAGCCUUCGUCCAUGAAGGUAAAAUUGAACGCCCCCAAAGGUGAACCCCACUCUAAAACACGGACAGGACCAGCUUCUAGUAAUCAACAGUUGCCAAAGAAAACCAAAAAGGUGGUAAAAAGCUCCAUCACGAAGCUGGGCUCACUUCCUCUUCGAUUUGUCAAAAUCUCUUCGAAGGACCGAACGGUUGAUGUUUCGGCUGCCGCUUUCAACGAACGAGUUACGGUGAUGAAGGCUAACUCACGAUCGCUUAUUGUGAGGCUCAAGCUUCCAGGUAAAAUGGAAGAAAAAAAAAUAGAGGAGAUUAAAUGA